AUGUUUGACUCUUUUGCUCCCCUAGGACCGUGCAUAGUUAACAAGAAUCUAAUUAAAAUUGGAGAAGCUGGAGACAUAAAUCUAUCUUUGCAAACUUUAGUUAAUUCAGAAAUUAGACAAUCGAGUAAUUCUGGAGAUAUGCUAUUUAAUGUGGCGAGCUUGGUAUCUUUCACUUCUCAAGGAACAACUCUUUAUCCAGGCGACAUCAUUUUUACAGGUACGCCUGAAGGUACCGGAAUGGGCAUGAAACCUCACAGAUGGCUACAAAACAAUGAUAUUGUUAAAUGUGUAAUAGAAGACCUAGGCUACAUUGAGAAUAAAAUAAUCUUCGAAUAA